UGCGGUAGAUAUCGCUACCAAUAAUCCUGAUAAAACUAAUAUUUAAAUAUAAAAAACAUCAAAUUAAUAUUGCCAAUGAGUUCUUGUUCAUUUUGCGUGGUGUUAUCAAAACGAAGCACCAUGCAAUUCAUCACCAUCAUACUCCUGGCGUCGGCCGCCAUCAUCUCGGCCGACUUCCCUCUUCCACCGGAAUUUGAUGAACCGGAGUUCUUCAGUACUUCUGACCCAGAUUCCUACCGGCUCCCCGAAGAUCUGGACCCCAUAAAUUAUGUUGUGGAGGUUACCCCUUACUUCACUGCUACAGAUACCAAGGAGGCGUUCACUUUUGAUGGUAUUGUUACCAUCACUCUUAGGACACUCAAAGCUGACCUGAACGCGCUCAUCAUUCAAGAGAACGUACGUGCAAUCAAUUCUGUAGCUCUAACCACCGAAGCCGGUAUCCCUGUUCCUCUUCAUGCCACUAAUCCAUUCGAACGCAUAAGUGCCUACCAUUUCUUGAAAGUCAACCUACCUGCUGGGGCUACUUUAGAAAAUGGAGCAAUUUAUAAGCUGACUGUCGAUUAUGUCGGUAACAUUAAUGAGACACCAUUAUCCCGAGGUGUAUUUAGGGGGAGCCAUAAGGACGCAAAUGGUAAUAUACGCUGGUACGCAGCUACUCAUUUGCAACCAACAAAUUCGAGACAAGCAUUUCCCAGCUUCGAUGAGCCUGGUUUCAAGUCUACCUUCGACAUCAUCAUCAACAGACCAGUAACCUUUGCUCCGUCCUUCUCCAACAUGAGAAUCAGAUCAAGCACUUUGGUCAAUAACCGCAUUAGGGAGGUAUUCGAUACUACUCCCCGGAUGUCAGCCUACUUGGUAACCUUCCACAUCAGUGAAGACUUCACCGUCAUCGCCGACAACAAUAACGACGCGAGAUCUUACAGAAUCUUAGCCCGACCCACCGCUGCCGGCCAAGGACAAUACGCUCUAGAAGUCGGACCUCUAGUGACUAAUUGGCUCGGCGAGUAUUUAGGUAUUGACUACUACAACAUGGAGGAGAACACUGAUAUGAAGAACGAUCAAAUAGCUUCUCCUUAUUGGGCUUCAGGAACCACUGAAAACUGGGGAUUGGUAACAUACAGGGAACUGCGUCUGUUAUACCAAGAAGGUGAGACCAAUGCUUUGGACAAGAUGUACAUCGGUACUAUUACUGCUCAUGAGCUCGCUCACAAGUGGUUCGGAAACCUCAUCACCUGCAGAUGGUGGGAUAACGUCUGGAUCAAUGAAGGCUUCGCUAGCUACUUCGAAUAUUUCGCCAUGGAUGGAGUAGACAAAUCUAUGGAAUUAGAAGAUCAGUUCAACAUUAUGUACGUUCAAAGCGCACUCUCUGCUGAUGCCACGCUUUCGACAAGGGCCCUUCAACACACAGUGAACAGCCCAACCGAAGUCACAGGACACUUCAGUGGUAUCAGCUACUCUAAGGGAGCUUCUUUGCUCCUCAUGUUGAAGCAUUUCCUUACGGAAAAUACUUUCAAAAAGGCUUUGAACAUAUUCUUGGAAGCCAGGAAAUUCGAACACGCUUUCCCAGCAGACCUCUACAGUGCUUUUGCUACAGCAGUUCAGCAAGAUGGUGUACCAUCAAACACCUUCGAUAUUGCAUCAUUCAUGAAAUACUGGGUAGAGGAACCAGGAUAUCCAGUCCUUGAAGUUUCUGUCAAUUCAGCAGCUGGUCGCAUUGAGCUAUCUCAGAAACGUUUCUUAGUCAGCGCCACUGCCACGCCUACCGACCAAGUUUGGCCGCUGCCCCUUACUUACACAACUGAGAGCAACCCUGACUGGCAGAAUUUGUUACCUAGUAAAGUGAUGACUGCAAAGACUGACUUCAUUGAAAGGACUGUAGGUGCAAAUGAAUGGGUCAUCUUCAACGUUCAACAGAAAGGUAUCUACCGUGUGAACUAUGACACUCGCAACUGGGAGUUGCUUGCAGCCGCCCUGAGCAGAGACCACACGGCUAUCCAUCAUUUGAACAGAGCUCAGAUCGUUGACGACGUUUUCGCUCUGAUGAGAUCUGGACAAAUAACGUAUCGUCUCGGAUUCAAAGUUCUGGACUUCUUGAAGAAGGACACCAGCUACUACUCGUGGUAUCCGGCUAUUACUGGUUUUAACUGGCUGAGGAACCGUUUCCUUCAUCUCCCUACGACUUUGGCUGCUUUUGACGAAAUUCUCUACGGCUUCUUAGAUGCUGUGAUAACUGAUCUUGGAUAUGAUGUAGUUGCAAAUGAACCUCUAACGAGAACACUCAAUAGAUUCUUCACACUGUCAUUCGCUUGCAACAUUGGACACAAAGGUUGUGUCGAUAAUGCUGUACAAAAGUUCGUGGCUUUGAAGGAUAACAGUGUCGCUGUCAACCCUAACCUGAGGCGCCACGUGUUCUGCGAAGGUCUCCGUGCCGGCGGUCUCGACGAGUGGCAGUUCCUAUACAAUCGUCGUCAAGCCUCCAACAACCAGGGAGAUGAAGUUGCUAUGCUCAGAUCCUUAGGGUGCACCAGCAACACUGCCGCUGGACAGGCGUACUUGAAAAUGAUUUUGGAAGACGAUGACGUAAAAGCCCAGGACCGAGUGAAUGCAUUCUCGUUUUUCUACAUGGGACAUCGUGACAACGCCAAGGCUGGUCUGCAAUUCCUUAAAGACAACGUUGAUGCUAUCAGAAAAGCUGUCGUCCUUCCAGCGUGGUUUAACAACGUUCUCACAACCACCGCCAGCUAUUUAGACGAAGCUGGUCUGAAGGAUAUGGAAGAAUGGCUGUUAGCUAACCAAAACGCUGUCCCCGAAUUCGCUGUGGGCAUCAACGCCAUAACCUCAGCUAGAAAUAACAUGCAGUGGGGUUCAGACAAUGCAGCUACCAUUAUAGCUGCAGCCAAUGAUGAAGAUCCCCCAGAAGAUGGUGGUUCAGGAGAAGAAGUAGACCCAACACCUGCGCCGACUACAACUACAACAGAAGCGCCAACUACAACUACAACAGAAGCGCCAACUACAACUACAACAGAAGCACCAACUACGACUACAACAGCUGAACCAACAACAGAAGGGUCUGGCGAAGAAUCAACAACACCUGAUGGAUCAUCAACUACAGCAGCGCCGGAGUCAGGUGAAAGUGAAGAAGAUGAAUCAAGUUCAGCAGCAAUCUUCCUGCCAACCACCGUGCUGCUGUCGUGGACAGUACUCGCAAUGUUGUUAUAAAAUAAUUAUUUAAGUUUCACUGAUUUAUAUUAAAGUUAUGAUUAGUUAUUUGUA